AUGGCUAUAAAACGAGAGCGAGAGUCGCGGGAUGCGUCGCUCAAGUCCAAAAAGCGCCAGCGAGAUCAGGUUUCCGGACGCGAGACAGAAGUCGUUGGGAUCGACGACCUUGACUGGAAAGAGGUCGCAUUGCCAGACCGACUAGAUGACGCAGAGGGAUUUUUUGGCCUGGAGGAAAUCGAGGGAGUUGACAUCGUGCGACCGGCGGGACAGGGACAGAUCAAGUUUAAGGCGGCAAAAAAUAAAGCGAAGAAAACUGACAGAAGCAUAUCGUCGAAUGCGGAGGAUGAGGCCGUGGAGUGGAGCAGAUUCUCUGAUUCUGCUGGACCGGGACAGGAUGUAGAGGAUGUAGACAGCGACGAGGGAAAGCAAAUACAAAAAGACGAAACGACGGAGAAGAAGAAAGAGAAGAAAAGGCGUAAAGAUCGAGCAGAUGAGCCGAGAGAAAAGAAGAGACUGAAGCUGAAGGAAGCAAAAGGCAAGAAUAACAAAAAACAUGCUCCCAGUACAGACGUUCAACCAGGCAUGUCGUUUGACGCCCUCAAUGAAGAGGAUGACCAGGAAGAUGUUGAUGUUUCAGCAUGGGAGCCUCUGGGUAUCUCCGCUGAGCUGCAGACAAGUCUUGCGAAGUUGAAGUUCGCAAAGCCAACCCCAAUACAGUCUGCCUGUAUACCAGAGAUAGCUGCAGGCCACGAUGUCGUUGGUAAAGCAUCUACUGGCUCCGGAAAGACACUUGCAUUUGGUAUUCCUAUUUUAGAAUACCAUUUGGAGAACAAUCGUGAUGAACCAAUUCAAAGUACUGGUUCUGAUUCUUCGAGAAAAAAUCCUAUUGCUCUGAUCCUGUCACCCACGAGAGAACUAGCGCACCAAAUAUCAAAGCACCUCACGGCAUUCAUUAGCAAUGCCCCAAACAUCAAUGCAAGAAUUGCUUUGCUGACUGGUGGUCUCUCCGUUCAAAAACAACAUCGUCUCCUCGCUAAUGCGGACAUCGUUAUCGGAACGCCGGGGAGGCUCUGGGAUGUUAUUAGCAAUGGGCAGGGCUUAAUACGGAAGUUUCAAAGCAUCAAAUUCCUUGUGGUUGAUGAAGCUGAUCGGCUACUUAGUGAAGGGCAUUUCAAGGAGGUGGAGGAGAUAUUGACUUCUCUUGAUCGCAAGGAGAUAAAUGAUGGAGUGGAAGAGCCUGAUUCUGAUUCCGAGAGUGAACGUGAUAACACCAAGUCAUUCCUGCGGCAAACGUUGGUUUUCUCUGCGACUUUCCACCGGAGCCUACAGCAGAAGCUGGCCGGAAAAAGUCGUUUCGUUGACGGGGGUCUACUUGACAACAAGCAGUCGAUGGAGUAUCUGCUCGAAAAGCUCAACUUCAGAGAAGAAAAGCCGAAAUUCAUUGACGUGAAUCCCGUUUCUCAGAUGGCCGAAAACAUCAGGGAAGGUCUUGUAGAAUGUCCGGCCAUGGAAAAGGAUCUAUACCUCUACACACUUAUGCUCUAUCACCUGAACCAUCGUACAUUAGUAUUCACCAACUCCAUUUCCGCCGUCCGUCGCCUAACCUCUUUCCUGCAAAACCUCAACCUCCCCGCUCUCUCCCUGCACUCCUCCAUGGCCCAAAAAGCCCGCCUUCGCUCCGUCGAGCGCUUCUCCUCCCCAUCCUCCAUCCUCGUGGCAACCGAUGUCGCCGCACGCGGCCUCGAUAUCAAAGGCAUUGACCUAAUCAUCCACUACCACGUCCCCCGCACCGCAGAUACAUACGUCCAUCGAUCCGGCCGCACAGCCCGCGCCUCAGCCUCGGGAAAAUCCAUCCUCCUCUGCGCCCCCGAGGAAAUCGUCGGUGUGGCGCGCUUAGCUGCUAAAGUCCACACCUCCAAUCUGGUCACUUCGUCGAAGCGUCUGCCCUUGCCCUCUGUGGAUUUGGACCGCCAUGUGAUUGCCCGUGUGCGUCCGCGCGUGGCCCUGGCUAAAAAAAUUACGGAACAUACACUUGCGAAGGAGAAGUUGUUGUCGGAGGAUGACUGGCUGCGCUCCGCGGCGGAGGAUCUGGGUGUUGAUUAUGAUAGUGAAGAGUUUGCAGAGCAGGCUAAGGGAAAGGGCAGGGUGAGGGGCAGAGGAGGUGGGAGGGAGGCGAGGGAAAAGGUUGUGGGUAGUUUGACUAAGGCGGAGGUUGCAGGGCUUAGGGCGCAGCUGAAGGAUUUAUUGUCGAAGAGGGUUAAUAUGGGUGUUAGUGAGAGAUAUUUGACGGCCGGGAGAGUGGAUAUUGAGGCGUUGUUGGCGGGAGAGGGAAAUAACGCGUUUUUGGGACAGGUUGGGGAGCUGGAAUUUUAG